UGGGACCUGCAGGUGAUGAUCAGUUGUUGCUGCCGACUUCUCAAAGGGAAUGUUGGAGUUGAUGCAGUGUUGAGUUCUUCUUUUCGCGGUUAGUGGGACAGAUCGAAGCUUUCCGUCGACAAUACUGUUGCUCAAUGUUAGCAUAUCAAUGCAGCUUAAGUUUGUUGCAUAAUCUCAAGACAGAUCAGUUGAGUGGAGUUACCACUAUUCACACCCAAUGAUAUUCAGUGCUUUGAGCGGUUCAUGGCUCGCCUCGGGAAAAUGAAAGGUCGGAUUCGGGUGAAGUUUCGACGUGCACUCACAAGCUAGAAACUCAGUAGACAAGAAGCUGAUGCAAAUGAGAGGCAGAGCGCAAGCUACGUAUCUUCCAGAUGAAUGACAGUCGACGUAAGGGUGUAAAACCCCUGAUGGCAAGGGUUUGUUAACUAAACGGUCGAAGGAAUCAAGAUCUCUAGCGUGAGAGAUCAUUGGGAAUGAAGAAGAUUCGAAAGACAGUCACAUCGUCAACGUGUCUGCCUCCCCCAAGAGCUUACGUGCAUUAGCAGGGAGAUUUUUCUCUUGGGAUUGCCAAGUCUUUGCAAGUCAGUACACCGCAUAAGCCUCACUCCCAAGAGCUAAAUUAAAUAAAAUGAGGGUGUCAGUGAUGGAUCAAGUAUUGGCGUUGCAUAAUCCUCUGCUUGGCUGCUCUUUGUCGCCCUCCCUGUCUCACAACAUCUACCUUUAUCCCGAGCUCGGGCCUUGCAGCCCUCAGAGUGAAGGAUGUGCAUAUUGACAGGUUCCACGGAUUUCUGUUUCAUGCUUGCAAUGAGAUUUAUAACCUUAUGUCAGUGUAGCCAUGUCAUGACGAUUGAUGCGUGCAAAGCUUAAAAGAAUUACAUGCGGACAGGGUUUCAGGAUUGGAGACCUGGUUUAUGGUUGAACUGACAGUGUAAGGGCUAGGGAUGGCUCCAGACUUUGUGGCGACCCGUAUGAUCUGCGAUGCAAUGGACAAGUCCCAGAAAUGUCUCCAAAAAGAACGAUCGCAUCAUGAAGAGGAGCUGAGAUGCGCUCGGACGGUAGAAAUCUCGGUGGAUCUCGUGUUUGCAGCCAAGCGUCUGCUGUGCUUUCUCCGCACCAUCGACAGCAUCACAAGCCUGCACAGCUACACCCCUACGGUUCUGCGAGCGAUUCAGAGGUACCGAAAUUGCUGGAUGCCGUUGGCGGCAGAGGCGGGAAAUUCUGAAUGCAAGCUUGGAGAUAAGACGGGAACCGCUCUUCUUCCUUCAGUGGACGUGCAAUGGGUGUGGCAUUGUCACUGCUUGAGCCCGAUGGCCUACAGAGAUUUCUGCAAAUCCAAGUACGGUCGCGUCAUUGAUUGUCCUCUUCUGCCUGACACUGCAAUUGAAGACGCUGCCCGCAAUAGAUGCAGAAAGAUAUGGAAUGAGCGUUACAAAGAUGAACCCUUUGACAUCGUUCUGAAUCUAUGGGGCAGUACCGAGGACACUACUUCAGCCUUUCCAGCUGAGGAACCUCCUGUACCGGAGAUUUCAGAACUGGUGGCCGUCAUUACCAGACAAAGCUCUUUCUACUACCACAUUUCACAGCCCUACAUGUGGGAGGAAGCGUUUCUGCAAGCUUCAUUGGAGAGAUACAAGUGCUUCCUCCACAUUGUGAAUAAGUCACGAGGUUCGAUCAUGUGUGUUCCAACUUACGACAUUGAUCUCAUCUGGCAUGCCCAUCAGGUGUCUCCUGUGGCCUACGCCAGAGACACGAAAGCUUUGCUCGGAUGCGUAGUGGACCACGACGAUAGCAUGGAGAGAGGACCUAACACAAAACUUGGCGAUAGCUUUGAAGAUACAACCCAGCUAUGGGAGAGUACGUUUGGCCACCCUUACGAAAGAGCCGGUUCUUUGUACAAGGGGUCGAAGCCCGUGAAUCUCCCUGCUCCCCACGACGGAAGUGACGGACAGCAGAUUCUUGAGUGGGUGCCUGUGACUCUUCCCUCCGAGUUCCGUCUCCCUGACGUAAAUCUCAAGUUUCCUUGUCUUGUUCCGAGACGCAUCGUGCAAGUAGGCAUAUUUAUCAAAAGUGAGACCAAUGUUAUAAAUGAAACAAAGCAGAAGAUUGUCCUUUCUGUGCGCUUGCGAGCAUUGCAAGCUCACAAGCUCCUGAAGUUGGAUGCGGCGGUGGUUCCUUUCGCCUCAAAUCCACAAUGGCAGAAGCUUUGGCUACUCCACUGCGAAAUGGCAACAAGGGGCUUCGUGCUCGAGGUUCGGUGUCAACUGGAAGGCUGUCUUGGGACUCUAAAUCAGUCGAAAGUGAUCGGGUCGAAGGAGCUCACGUGGGAGGCUCUGCAGAACUCGCCCAUGCUCUCCACUAACACUCUAAUUGAACUCACGGAGAAACGGUGGGUGAUGGAAAGGAAAAAGUAUCCUCUCCAGCUUCGUCUUGGAGUAUCCAUUGCUCCUCCCGUGCAGGGUCCUUACCUUCUCAAAUCAGUGCCCGAUCGAGUGACAGAUGAUGCUGGGGCGAUGCUGUCGAAUUUGAUUCUGCGGAUGAAUAAGUAUGAGCCUCAACGUGGACGCUGGAUCUCACGAACUGUUUUGAAUCACAUGGGAAAGGAGUGCUUUGUGAUCCGCAUCAGAGUGGCGAAGGGGAUAUGGCGAAAGAAUGGAGAUCGACCUGAAGGCGUUGAUUGGAACGAGCGAGUCAUCGAUGUCUGCGAAGGGGGCUGGACUUACGUGGCGGGCUCAAUUGGUUAUGCCCCACAUAAAAUUGUGGGUACCGCAACGCCAUGUGCGGAUGACCUAGAACAUUACAGAUUAAGCUGGCAUCUAUCUACUGGCGACUCUCUAGUCAUCUCUAGGCCCUUGGAAGUCGAAACCGACUGGGAGCACUACCUAGAAUUCCGUCUGAUGGGCUCCUACACAAACUUGGUACGUUUGAUAAACGGCAGGAAGCUCCAAUACGAGGUUCCAAACGCAACGCUCCAGGAAGAAGAGGGCUUCGUCACGCUUAUCCGCUACAACGCCCAAGCGCCACAAGGCAAAGCCACCGCAUUGUUCAACUGGCGAGUGUCGGCCAUGGAGAUUCACCCCGAGGAAGACGUGGUCCUUGUGCUGCUAUUGUGCACGGCCACGAUGAGAUCAGUGGCCGACUUCGGAGGCAAACACCACGGUAAUCUAUUUGCUCAGAGACGACACAAGGAGUCCAAGCCGGGGCAGAAAGACUGGGGGUCCGUGGCAGUGGAAAACGCGGCCUCGCAGUCCAAUCUAGCAACAUGGUAUCUCAAUACACCGCGGUUUACUGACACCGACGAGGGUCCUCAGUCAACGCAGCUCCAUCAUACAGGGCCUACGGGUGGCGCUUGCGGAUCAAGCUGCCAGGCAGGGGAGGGGAUCUGGUCGAAUGCAGAGCGGGCUUCCGUCAAACAUCAAGGCUGGAAACAAGUAGCGAACGACUCGUCUAAGGGCUCCAUCGGUGUUUGGGGCAGGCGCACGGGAAGCGGCAUUCAAAUGGAUCUGUCACGCAUUGCCAGAUGAGUAUAAGCAACUGGGGCUGCGAUUUGAUCCAGCGGGAUCUCCAUUUUGUGAUGACGGCGGCGGUACGCGGCAGUUGGCGUCAGCGGGCGUCUCGUUUGCCGUCUUAAGAUCGCUCAGUUAUGGGCGGACUCUCCAGGCAUUGUGGUUACACUUUCAACAUUGAAAAAACAAUGAUGAAAACAUUUGUGCACAAAUGUUUAAUGUAUACAUGAGAGACUCGCUUAAGAAUAUAUAAAUAUUUUUUU